GAGCGUGGUGCUAAUAACGCCAAGGUCGCGGGUUCGAUCCCCGUACGGGCCAUCGGGAUGCUUCCUUUUUCGUUGAAAUUCAAAUAAUAGUGUUGGGCAUAUACCUUUAAUAACUUCAAGAAAUGAGCUAAUAUACCUCGAAAGCAAAUCUGUCUUGCUUUCAAUUAAGUUGAUUAUCCGGCAUCGUGUGCAUGUGUUCAUCUUUAACCCUCUUCCAGACUUAUAACCUAAUAGCUCUCCGUGCAAAGCGAGGAAAUCAAAAGACGUCCGAUUUUAAAACCCCAUGAAGUUCAUAUGAACUGAAUGGCCGUUUGUAUCUUUAAACAGUGCAGACCGGGUGCUCUUUUGGGGUUGCCUUCGCAAAUUAAGUACCAGUCUUCGAGAAGGCAAAGAAAACCGCAACAGUCGUUUUUCUUGUUCCCCGCCAUCGCUUCUAAAGGCGGCUGAACUCAACUCCUUUUCGGAUCGGGAGACGCCGGACGGCAAUCAUCGGCACCACACCAGAUCCAGCUCCCCGGCAGAGCUCCCGCUGCAGCGCUCGACUUCCUUCUCCGCCCUUCCCGUGACGUACCGCAGCGAACCCAGCAUACCCGCCCGCUCCGGUGUUCCCCGAGUCCUCCUCGACUCCUGAGGCGCGAGAUGGGGCCUUCCCCUCCACCACCUCCCUCCUAAGAUGUCUUCUCCGGGCUUCAGGAACGACGACGCUGCUGCUGCUGCUUCUGCUGAGGGUCCGGCACCAGGCCCUCCUCUGGGCGAGAGCCUGUUGACGCCUGUCCCUGAACUCCCCCGCGGGAAGCCUCAUCGGGCGCCCGAGGCAGGGACUCUUAGAGGUGUCCCGGGAAAGCUACAAGACGAGGGGCUGCCUCCACCGGUCGGAAAGGCGACGGAGAAGGCCGGGGACCGUCGUCCCGCCGGGGCUGCCGUAUUACCUCAAGGGCAAGGCAGCCCCUGGCCCCCUCCCUUCUUGCUGGCUCUGAGUUUCAACCCCUCGCCUUCGGGGUCUCGUCUGCCGACGGUCGGCACCCUGCACAGCCUUUCGCAGCCGGGGCAGGAUGGAGCUCAGGAGGCCGGAUCCGAGGCAAAGCCUCUUCCUUUGACGGGGCCCCUUCUCUCCGAGAUGGAAACCACUCAUGUGCAAGUAGAGUCUGAUCAUCAGAUAAAAGAAAAGAAAAGUUUGGAAUUAUUUUCUGCAACAGCUCUGUCUAAAAAUAUAGCUGGAUCUCAAGCAGUUGAGAAGAAUUCUAAGCCUUUAGGACUCAGUGCCAUUAAUCCUGAGAUUUUUCAGAUACAAUCUUUUACAGGCACUGGAUCUCAACAAUUUUUCUUAUGUAAUUCUUCUAAAGCUACAGUUCAACUACUUCUUCCGGCCCCCCUACAUCCCCUUGGACAAGUACCAGUAAAUAAAAUAAUUACACAUGGGCAGAAACAUAAAUCCAUUACAAAAGAUAGAGAAGAUUCUUCAAAUGUUUCUUUGGUUCCAACUUGUUCAGCAAAAACCCUUUUAAAUGAGGGGAAGCAGACAAAAGAACAAAAGAUUAAAAAAUCUCUGAAAGUAACAACUCGUUCUGGGCGGAUUUCUCACCCUCCAAAAUAUAAAGUUAAGGACUACAAAUUUAUUAAAACAGAAGACUUGGCUGACUGUCACCCAUCUGAUUCUGAUGACUAUUCUGAGUUGAGUUUAGAAGAUGAUGAAUGCAACAAAGUAAAGGAAGUAUGUGAAUUAUUUAACCCCUUUAACUAUGACCUGCGGCCAAAAUUGUUUAAGUGUCAGAACUGUGAAAAAUCCUACAUAGGAAAAGGAGGAUUAUCCCGGCACUACAGAAUAAAUCCAGGUCAUGGGCACCAAGAGUCUUCAGAAUCGUCUCCUAUAAAUAGAUUUUCUAGAAUGACACAGCUGGAAUGUGCUGAAAAGACAAAUUGUGAAAGCAACCAUCAACCUCCUUCACCUUUACCAGUUACUCUUGCUUUAGUAAGCAAAAAUGGACUAGUUACAGAAUUGGAAAAAAAUCUUCAAACAGAAAGUGAACAGCAGUCUGACAUUUCUGCAGAAGAUAGAAAGUCUGAAGCAUACAGCACCUAUUUGGGGCCUGGAAGAAGAAAACGGCAGAGAAGAUCGUAUCAACCAAAGAUGGCUAAUAGAUCAAGAUGUUCUACAACAUUUAGCAGUCUUGGUCAAUUAUCUUCCAAUUCUCUUAAUAGUAUCUCAGCAGAGCAUCUUAGUAGAUUUAAAAGAAAAGCUAAGCUAAAAGAGCUGAUUCAGCAGUGCACCAAUGAAGAGUUUAUAGAACUGGUGGUUCCACGUUUGACAACAAUUGUUACUGUAUUUGAAUUCCUGCUGAUGAAGGCAAAGAAAAAACGUUCAACAAAAGCAGCCUUUCCAGAUAUUUACCAGGAGUUUGAAGAGCUCCAUUCAAUGGUAAAGAAAAUGUGUCAAGAUUAUUUUAAUAAUUCUGAAUUAAAGCAACCAUUAAAAAUAAAAAACCAUAAGGUAGCUGCAUCAUUAGGAAUUACAGAUUCUUUUCCUGAAUGUACUGAAUCUACUGAUGAGCCUAUAUUGCUCCAUAUUUCAGGGCAGAAACGAGCAGCUGAGUUUUAGAAAUGUUCAGCAAAAAUUGUUCUGCAAAAAUAAUAUGGAAAAAAGAAAGAAUAUGAAUUGCUCCAACCAAGAAUUGUGGAUGAUAAAGCUAAUACAGAUUUAUGUGAUCAACACAUUCAAGAAAAAUUGAAUGUUUACAGCCUUUAAAUAUACUAGGGUUAGAUAUUAUUUGAGAUCCCCAACUGACCAUAGAGGACACAAGAACAACAAAGAUAAAUUCAAGUUGGGACACAGUAAAUGAAAUGACUUAUUAUAUCUCUUGAAACAUCUGGAAAAUACAGUCAUCAUUCUCCUUGGUUUCUUCAUGAAAAAACAGUAAAAAUAAAAUAUAGCAAGAACUUAAGAAAAAUGCUUUUAACAAAUUCCAAACUUUCUUAAAACUUUAAUAAUUUCAACCAUAUUAAACAUCACAGGAGUAGUUCAUCAAUUUAGAUUUCAGGAAAUUGAAAAGACCAGCUUCAUCCUUCCUUGAAAAUAUAUGAUUAAUCAAUUUAUUGGUAUUUUAGUGGAAGAAAAGUAGAGAAUGUACUAAGGACAACAUGAUAAUGUUAAAGAUUAUGGAAACUGGGAACUUUUCUUGGGGGUAUAGGCUUUGCUUCUUUCUGGUGCUAUACAUUAUACAUCUGUCUGUUUGUAACACAAUUUGCUGGUGCUAUGUACAUUAUACAAAUUCUUUGGAAGUUGCAGUACUUUUAACAGUGAUACUAAAAUUAAGCCAUUAUAAAAAUAUUUUUUGAAACAGUUUUGAAAGUCUACCUGAAAUGUAUAUUAAACAUGAAUUUGUUUUUAGUUCCACAAGCUUGGCCAUAUUUAAGAUAUAGCACAAGUUCUAAAAAUAUCCAGGUUUAGGUGUUACCUCCCCAGAAUGAUGAUUUUGCUAAUCUGGUUCUAAUAAUAUUGUCUUCUCUUCAGGUAUUCAGGAACAGAUUGUAUUCAGAACCAUGACACCAAAAUAAUAAAACAUGCAUUGGGAUGCUACCAUGCAAGUUUUAUGCUUUUGUACUUGCAUUGCCAUAUUGCCCACAAUUACAUAAUUUAUAGAGUUUGCAUCAUAUCACAAUGCACUUUUGUCACUUUGUCCCUACUUGCACAUGCCUUUGUCUGCAUAAGAGAAGAUGUAUUGGCUUCCUAAGAGUCAAUAUUCUCAUAAUGGCUGAAUGAGUCAAAUCUGCAGGAAAGCUAGCAGCACUUAAAACACAAUGUUAGUAAGGGGGCUUAAUCAGUGGUACUAUAAGGAGUUAAUAGAAAAUGAAUUUCUCCUAAAAGACAAAUAUAUUGUACCAAUUGCUAUGGAUAUAUUAAUGCUUGAUUACCUACAGUACUGUAUAAAAUUAAGGACAGCUGCCAGAAUUCCUUUAAAAAUGGACGUUUAAAUUCUUGUGUAUGCUAACCUGAAUAAACUUGAAAAAAAACCA